AUGUCCAACCCAUCCUACGGUCCCAUUCCGGGCCAGUCUUCCUUGUACAGCACAUACAGCGGCAAAGCAGCUCCGUUCCCCGGCAAUAUCACAGGUGCCAUCCUCAACAUCACCACUGGACCUCCUGGCGAAGACGACCUCCUCUUCCAAAACCUUCUGUCUGCCGAAUGGGUCAUCUUUUCCUUCUACCAACAAGGGGUUGAACGCUUCAACAGCACUGCCUUCAUCGAAGCCGGCUUCCCCAAUACCACGUACGAGCGCGUUCAGCAGAUCCGUGACAACGAAGCCGGCCAUCUGCGCAUCUUCCAGGAUCAGAUCUCCACCACCUCGGUCAAGCCGGGACCAUGCCAGUACCAAUAUCCCUACGAGGAUCCAGUCAGCUACAUUGCUCUUCAGGCAGUUAUUGAAAUCUCCAGCAUGGCUUUCCUCACAGGUCUAGAAUUGCAAGCCAAACUCACACUGUCCAAGGCGGCCCUUGUUGCCAUAGCCGCCACGGAAUCACGCCACAAUACAUGGUCGCUCAUUGACAAUUGGAAAUCCACUCCGUUUGCCGGUCCAGCAGAUACUGUCUACCCGUAUGCGAACCAAAUUCUAGACUUCACGAAUGAAUGGAUUGUCAACGGUUCCUGCCCGCCGGAGAACCCUAUCUAUCCUACGCCACGCCAGAAUCUUCCACAAAUGGCACCGGCCGCCAACACAACGUCGAUUACACCUGGUUCGACUCUGGUGUUCAAUUUCACCCAGCCGGAUAACCAACCUCAUUUCACCCCGCAGAAGGACUACUAUGCCGUCUUCUUCCACGGCGUCUACAAUAUAUCUGUCGCCUUUAACACAACGACCUACAGCGCCGUAAUCCCGCCACAAAUCGAACCGCUGGGGAUCAUCGUUGCCGUUAUUGCCGACGAGCAAGGUGCACCCACUAAGGAGAGUGUCCUUGCCGGAACGUUAAUUCUGCCUGAGAGUCCUGCCGCCCUCAACAGCGCAUAUGCUUGA